AUGAGAGAAAGAAUGAAAGGACUUAGUCGUCUUUUUACGCUAGUUCUACAGUUAAGUUUAGUUUUAUCACAAACUAUUACUCAUGAUACUAUUCAAUAUGGUACAUUUGAACUCGGUCUAGGUGACGUUGAUAUAGAUCCUAAUGUUUAUUGGUCUAUAAUCAAUAACUAUGAUACCACUAUUCUUGGAAGUCUUAACGUUGCAAAUGGUGGUGGUUUCUAUGUCAGUAGUACCUCCAACUUUGCUGGUUUAGUCGUUAGUCUUACUUCCGGUAGUGUCUACAAUAAUGGUACCGUUUCAUUUAAUUCUAUUGACUCUUUUCUUCCAAGUAGUUAUACUAUCACAACCCUUUCUUCAUUUGUAAAUGAUGGUGAUUUUUACAUGGGUUCGAAUGGUGCCAUUGGUUACGGUACCUUUACAAUUAACAGUCCUGUGGUCACUAAUAAUGGUUUAAUGGUAUUUUAUCAAACUCAAAAUAAUGGUGGUAUGGUCACAUUAGGAGGAACAAACUUGCUUGACGGUAUCACAAAUAAUGGUCAGAUUUGUUUAUAUAAUGAGCUUUACGAACAACAAUCUUCUAUUAAUGGUAAUGGUUGUAUCACUGCUCAAGCAAAUUCCACUAUUUAUAUAGAUAAUCCUUUGGCAUCCUUCAGUGGGCAAACUUUUUAUUUAGCUGAUUCCGAUUCCAGCAUUAUUGGCUCUCCAUUUAUUGGAAGUGACGUCAUCAAUGUUUCCGGUUUUGGUAAUGGUAAUAUGCUUGCCUUAAAUGUUCCUUUAAAUCCCGCCGUUACGAUUUUGGGAGUGGUUAUAAGUCAACCAUACUCAUAUGAUGCAACUACAGGUAUAUUGACACUUUAUUCAACGAUUGCAAAUCAAGAGUUUGAUAUUGGUACUGGAUAUAAUCCAAAUGACUUUUCAGUAACUACUGAUUGGGAUGCCGUUACUGACCUAGUUAUUUUGCCAUUUAACGCAGUGACUUAUAGUGGACCACCUCCUACUCCAGGAGUUCCAUCUAAUUGUGCCUUGUGUUAUACUCUCCCAGCAAUUCCAGGAAUAAAUGGUACUGAAUAUACAACUACCAUAGCAACUAGUUCUGACGGUCAAAUUUGUACUGAUGUCGAAGAAAUUAUUGUGACUUCAGAUACAAGUGGUAAUUUCUAUAAUUUAACUACAAUUCUUUCGGCUUACUGUACUUCUUCAAGUAACCCAAUUACUUUAUACAGUACUACAUUUACUACUACUGAGUCGGAUGGUUUUAUCGAGACUGAUAGUGGAAUAGUUGAAAAAACUACCAAUAAUCAUGGCUCCUUGUAUACCACUACCUCCUUAUUCGCAACUCCAAGUGACCCAUUCACUUCCUAUACUACAACUUUCACUACCACUGAUUCAAAUGGAUAUGUUGCUACAGAUUCUGGAAUAGUAAUUGUCACAGGUUAUUCUAAUACCCAUAUCUAUACUUCAACUUCAUUAUUCCCAACAUCAAGUGAUCCAGAUACCACGUAUGGUCUUACUUUCACCACUACUGAAUUUGAUGGAUAUGUUGCUACUGAUUCCGGUGUUGUUGUUGUGAGUGUUGGUUCUUCUGGAACUGUUACUUCAACUUCAUUAUUCCCAACAUCAAGUGAUCCAGAUACCACGUAUGGUGUUACUUUCACCACUACUGAAUCUGAUGGAUAUGUUGCUACUGAUUCCGGUGUUGUUGUUGUGAGUGUUGGUUCUUCUGGAACU